UUUGUUUACCAUGUAUAAAUUGUGUAUUUAGUUAUUUAAAUCUGUAUUUUGUAAAAAUAUAAAUGGACGAGUUACGAGGACCUAAUAUUCAAAUCGUACUUCAUGUAAAAGAAGGUAUUGGCUUUGGAUUUCUUCGUAUACCCUUUAUCGUGAGUGGAUCUCUCAAUGGAUAUAUGCUGGAAACCGAUCCAGUUGUACCAACUCAUGCACCAGCCUUCGAUGCUGAACUGGUUUGGGAAGCUGAUAAAAGAAGAUUUCGGAGUUUGCGAGUACAAAAUGUGCCAAUCAAAGUUGAAGUAUUUACAACAAGCACACAAGGCAGAAAAGAUAAAAUAGGAUAUAUUUUAUUGAGCUUAUUAGGUGCACAGCCAUGUCCAUCAAAUAAAUUUGUAGAUGUGAAAUACUCAUGGCAUAAAUUACUUGGAAUAAAAUCUGAAGGCAAAUGUUGUCAUCCACAGUUACUUAUGAGCCUUUCCAUUGAAGAUAGAGUUAGUACUCCAACACCACGCAAUGAACUUCGUAUGUUUCACAGCAAUGAAGUUGCAUAUCCACUAUCUCAUACACCUAACAGUGCACAUACCGGUGGACCUGUGAUGUUAACAUUGAAUGAAUACUUAAAUGAAAGUAAGAAAGUUGUAUCAUCAUUCGACUUGCAGCCGCAAUUGAUAUGUGAGGAAGGAUUGAUACAGAUUGGUCUCGGAGAUCAGUUGUAUGUACUCAGUUUUGUUAUUGGCUCCGUUGAGAAUUUGGAUAUGCUACUACCAAAUGAUAUAAACAAAGAAGCUAUUGAUUGCUGCAUAACAUAUUCAAUAUUUACAAACAACAUAAUGACAGACAGAGUUGGUGUGACGUCUCUGAGUACGGGCAGUAGUGCUCAGUUCAACCAGCGCACAUCGCUGCGCCUGCGCACACAUCUCUCCGCACUAGGAAGAUACUUUGCUGAGUGUCCGCAUUUGGUCGUUAAAGUCUGCGUCGCGGAUAGAGAUGUUGGUAUUUGUAGCUUAGACUUACGUAAGUUGAUCCCUACGGAGGAUGUGAAGCGGUUUGUAUCAGAGUUCUGCAACAGUGAGGGCAGGCUGGCGAUACACGAGCGCUGUUACCUCCUGCGUUGUGACGAUACCCCGCUCAGUGUACGACGACCUUACAUGGAUGUCGAGAUCAGUCUUAAAUUUAUUUCUGACAAAGCUAAAGUGCAGAAACCUAAUAUAUUAUCAGCCCGAAGUAUUACACAAUUAGAGAGAGGUCGUACUGAUUCUAAUUAUGAUACUAAAUUGGACUAUAGAAGUGGUAGUUGUACACAAAUAGACAGGGACGUUGGCGGAGUGAGUUAUACUAAUAAGUCUGCGGGGAACACUGCCAGAUAUAAAACAGCGAAUGGAGAGAAUAUCUUACAAACAAGUGAAAUAACAGAACUAUUAAGAAAGAUGUGCGAAUCUCUAAGUCAGAGUCAGGAGAAGUCACAACAGAGACCGUUUACAACUGACAUGCAGGUCCAGUGUGAGCCUGAGAUUGAUAUACAUGAUGAUAAACCAGAAAGAAAUGGAGAUAAUAAAAGAGAUGAACAAGAGAAUGGUGAUCAUAAACAAUCUAACUGUGAGGAUGCUAAAGAAAAGGAAAGUAAAAAUUAUUCAGAAAAAGAUGUAGUGAAACAAGUCCUACCCGCAGUGGAAAGAGAGGCUAUCAUGCAAAAGUUCAUCGACGAACUCGAAGAUUGGAAAGAGAGGCAACAGGAAUUGUAUAAAUGUCAGUUACGUCGCAAAGAGGAGUACCACCUGGAACUGCUGUCCCGUGAGUGGGAGAAGCGGCGCGAGGAGUUGGAGGAGAAGCUGCGAGGUGGUGUGGAGAGAUGUCGCGCGCUCGCAGCAGACCUCAGCCGCGCCACUGAAGACUUCAGGCUCAGAGGAUACAGGAACACGGAGAGGGAGAGGAAGCUACUCGAAGCUAAGAAAGCAUUAGAAGCACAUUACACCGCCAAGUAUCAGGAGUUGCGCGAGGCCUCGCAGAAGAUGGAAGAUGACAUGCAUCAUCAGCUCAAACUGAAGGAUAUGAAGAUUGAGGAGUUGGAGCUGAAGGUGCACACGUUGGAGAAGAAUAUUGAAGUACUCAAGAAUAACAUGAGGAAUAUGGAGAAGGAUUCAGAAAGCAGACAUUCCGGAUUGACCAAGGACCAGACAGCUAGUCUUAUACAAGAACUGCGUUGCCUAGAAGAGAAGUUAGACAGUGCGGUGCAGUCGAAGGCAUUCUUCAAGGAGCAAUGGGGUCGAGCUGUACGAGAGCUGCAUCUCACCAAGAUGUCCUCGCGCCGGCACAUGCUGUCUCAGCUGCGGAGAGAGAAGAGUCGGCUAAAUCAAGUCGGUUUGGACACAAUUGAUGACUUUGAAAUGAAUAAAGGUGAUGAAUUAAAUGGAAGUGAUAUUAAAAAGUUAAAAGAUGAUUUUUACGCCGACUUGUUGGCGAACACACCGCCGCUGGAGUCACAUUCAGCUAUCAGUUUACCUGGGCCUGACGGUUUAGAUAUGUUCAUGGAAAUGAAAAACGCGUCUAAAAACUCUAUAAAUGACAAAUUAAAUGAGCUGAUAAGUCAAAGGGACCAGUUGAUUCAACAAGACAACCCGGACGAGGCUUUGCUCAAGCAAUUGAACAACGAAAUACGAAGUAUUUUGAUAAAUUGUGGCACAUGA